AUGAACAACAAAUCUAACGAAGACAUAGAUAAUAAAGAAGACAAUAAUAUCGAAGUUAAGAAGAAGAAAAAGAGAAAAAAAAAAAUUAUAAUUAACGUUAGAAAGAAAGUUCUUCGAAGGGAGGAAAUAACUAUUGAUGAUGUCUCCAGUUCGAAUGCGCUGAACGAAAGUCUGACGGAUAGUCGGAAUGGGAAAAGCGUUUCAAGAGGGAAGUACGUCCGCAAGAAUAGUAGUUCGAAGGGGACCGCCAUGGCAGUCCAAAAGGCUCGUUUCUUCGAUCAAGAAUACAACAUCCGAGAGAUUCCAAAUUGCCCCAUUUCUGAGAUACUCCUAAAUCGCAAGAAAAAAAAAUGA